GAACUAUUUUUAUGAAUGAGUGUCGCGGUCCUCGUGACGCGAUCAGCCAAUGAGCCGCACCUGCAGCCGCCUGCAUCAACAAGAGGUGCAUGCCCACGCCACGCGCCCAUCGUGCACGCUGCACAAAUCCCGCAGCAAUCGCAAUCUGGCAGACUCGCUCGCUCGCCCACGCGAGCACGCACGCACGGACCGAUCACGUCACGCCCCAACCACCGCUCGAGCACGAUGUCUUUUAAAGGCAGUAACGGCGUGGCCGCGGAAAGACGCGUCGAUCUGGCGUCCCUCUUCUGCAUGAUCGGGCGACACGGUCCAGCCGUGGCUCUGGCCGUGUUCGCCAUGGUGUCCGUGCUAGCGGGUUUCGUCAUCUACCGAACCGUCAGGGGGAGACGAAGGGGGAGGAAGAAGACCACCCAAGGCGAGGGAGAGAGCACCCCCGUGGAGACCGACGAGGCGGUGACGCAAGCCGGGCGAGAACCGCAAGCGUGUGCGACUUCAACAGAUGAUGGUGAUGUGGCUAAAGAGGAAGAUGAUCCCACUGGCACUCACCUCCAAGUCAGACGCCGUGCUGCUGCCGUUGUGAAGAGCCUGUCACCAUCUGACGUCCAAGCACCGCUCAAGCAACAUGCCCCAUCAUCACAUACGCAGCGAGUGGAAUCUGUGCCGACAUCUUUCACGGAAGCCCGGCUGUAUUUGGAGGAGCCCAGUCAAAGUUCUGUGGCAGAAAUACAGGCGGAACCUGCCACUGUUUGCCACCUAUAUGCAACAGAAGACUCAUUGAAGGAUGAAGAGAUUUCAGAAGUUAGCUUGAAGGAGCCUGAGGCUGGUCAGGCUCACAUCGACCAUGAAGAAGUAUACUAUGCAGAAUGUCAAGAAGGUGAAGAUGUGAGCACAAAUGAUACCACACAAGCGGAGGAAAACGAUCAGCCUUCCGCCGAGCAAGACAACGAAAUCGUGGCGGAGACUGGGACAGUGGAGCUCAGCGAAGACGAGGUGAUUCACCACCAAGACGGUGCAGAUCCCAAUGAAAAUCAUCACCUCGCUGAGGAAGAAGAAAAACACGAUGACAACAUUGAGGAGCUGGAGAAAGAAUUUGACGGCAACAUUAUUUUGACCGACGAAGCAACUGUUGCUUUCGAUGCUCAGUCACCGCAAGUGGAACAUCCAGAAAUCCAAGCUGAGCCUAAAGAGGAACAUAACCUGACAAGCAACCAAGAGAUGGACCUCAUAACCGAUGGCGGGCUUGGAGAAAGUUCCGAUAUUGUUAGCAACAGUUCAAGUGUGCCACCUAUGCUUGACGACGACACCUCUGAUCCAACAACCCAAAUUGACUCCGACAUGUCAACUAAUGAUCAAGAAGCAGAGAAAGUAGAUGUUCCAACUCUUGAAGAUGAAACGGAAAAUCUUUCUGGCACGACUGCAGAGGAACCUGUUGAGCCGUUACUCGAACCCUGGUCAUCUCCCGAAGCUCAACAAAGUUUUCCAGAACUUGACGACAUCGAGGUAAUCCCAGAUGGUAACAAUGAAGACCAGAAUGGUGAUGACACAGAGAAAUCCACAAAGCCAAAGUUUGAAUCGGUGGGUGACAUAAGUGGCAAAGAUGAGCUCUCCCAUGAGGACAUUGAGUCUUCCUCUCAAGACCAACAAAAUGAUCAAAACCUUGAUGAAGAUUCCUUUGUCUUCGCGGCUCCUCCUCCUAUCAGGACCAAAGAUCCAACAAAUCCACCUGAGCUUCGGGUUUGCCUGCCACUCUUUGAGCCGAGCGAGCUGAGGGAUGACAACGUAAGUGGCGGGGGUGAAGAAAGUGGGAUCUCCAGCAUGGCCGUCAGUCCCGAACUGCCCGAUCCCUCAAGUAACUUUGACAUCAUCGAGAUGCCGGCGACAGAUCACGAAUCUCCAACUGAGGUGAGUCUGGAGCCUCAAGCUUGCCUUUUGCUUGAUGACACAACUCCAUCAAUCUUGGAGGAAGAGGCAGAAGUUUACGAGCCUCACCCACCUCCACUGCCGGAGCAGUUAGAUCCCUCGAGUAACUUUGACACCGUCGAGAUGCCGGCGACAGAUCACGAAUCUCCAACUGAGGCGAGUCUGGAGCCUCAAGCUUGCCUUUUGCUUGACGACACAACUCCAUCAAUCUUGGAGGAAGAGGCAGAAGUUUACGAGCCUCACCAGUCUCCACUGCCGGAGCAGUUAGAUCCCUCGAGUAACUUUGACACCGUCGAGAUGCCGGCGACAGAUCACGAAUCGCCAACUGAAGCAAGUCUGGAACCUCAAUCUUGCCCUUUGCUUGACGACACAACUCCAUCAAUCUUGGAGGAAGAGGCAGAAGUUUACGAGCCUCACCCGUCUCCACUGCCGGAGCAGUUAGAUCCCUCGAGUAACUUUGACACCGUCGAGAUGCCGGCGACAGAUCACGAAUCGCCAACUGAAGCAAGUCUGGAGCCUCAAGCUUGCCUUUUGCUUGACGACACAACUCCAUCAGUCUCGGAGGAAGAGGCAGAAGUUUACGAGCCUCACCCACCUCCACUGCCUGAGCAGUUAGAUCCCUCGAGUAACUUUGACACCGUCGAGAUGCCGGCGACAGAUCACGAAUCUCCAACUGAGGCGAGUCUGGAACCUCAAGCUUGCCAUUUACUUGACGACACAACUCCAUCAGUCUUGGAGGAAGAGGCAGAAGUUUACGAGCCUCACCCGCCUCCACCGCCUGAGCAGAUAUGCAGUUGGAACGUUGAGUCAUUAGCAAAAAACAAAGACACGUUUGGCAAUGUCAAUGACAACCAGAGAGAAACGGUGUCGGUCCAAAAUGAUGAAUGGGAAAGACAGGUAGAUGUGAAAGUUGUUGAAGUUUCUCGUGCGAAUGAGAAAUUGGAAAGUGCAGAAAACAAAGAGCCACAGAUGGAAAACGAUGUGAAGACUGAAAUAAAUAUCAUGGAGGCAACUAUGGACCAUAACGAGUGGAUCACAGAUGGCAACCCAACGUUUCCCUGGAUGAAUCUCUCCACGCCAACUUUUGGAGAUGAGAACCACAAAGCAAGCCAGCAGCUUCCCACUCAAGAAACCAACUACCCAGAUUCCGAGCCUCAAUCUGUUCCUCCAGUCAAACAAACCGAUAAUUCCGAAGAAAACAGGAAAAGCCAAAAAGCAAACAUCACCUUCCGCGUCCACUACAUCACCCGUUCACCGUUCCAGAUGUUGGCCGUAACCGGGAACCGGCAGGAGCUCGGCAACUGGAAGAGCUUCGUCCCUCUGGAGGACACCAAGGAUGGAUACUGGUCGGCCGUGGUGAGCCUUCCCGCUCAGAAUCACGUGCAGUGGAAGUUUGCGGUUGUGGAAAAGGGGGAGGUGCGUCGCUGGGAGGAAUGUCGCAAUCGGCUGCUUGAUACAGGAUGUGGAGAAGACCUGCUCGUACACAAAUUGUGGGGAUACCUGUGAGAAAUGAAAUCACCGGGCCUACUAUGUUAUAUUGAAACGGUAACUAUGUGACAAUGUCUACAAAUAAAAUGGAUUUAGAAAUAUUAAUACGGGCUAUUUUAAAACCGGGACAGGUUACGCAAUUUUGGAAGCAUAUCGGAUAAUCAUCCAAUUAUCUGUCAGGUUAACUAACGAUUGGAUUAUCGAAGAGUCUUUCUUUACCGUACGUCGUCAUAAUAAUUGUGUCCACAGAAUAGCAGCUUUGCUAAACGUUACCAGUUGUACUCUUGCUCAAAUGCAAUAUAUUUAUGCAAUUUUUUUUCUUCUUAAAUUCGGCGAGUUGCAGUGCAAGUGUGAUGAAAUCAUUUGGAGACUGCAAAACUGUUUCUGCUGCCGGACUACACCCCGAUGUGAAAACAAGACUUUUAUACUACCGCAAUAAUCAAAGCAAUAAUUUGUGUGCAUUAAAGGCCAGAUAUUGUAAACGAGUAAAGUGUGAUGCUGCUUUUUUGACCAAACGCAUGCCUCGUCGUUGCUCGGAUCUAUACUAGUGCCUUGAUGAACAUGGAGAAAGUUUGAUAUGUGAUUUUUAAAUCUGUCUUGUCUAUUGUAAUAUUAUGCAAUCUUGUGAUGUUGUACCUGAUGUAAUUUCAUAGAUGUGAUGCGUUUAUUAAAGGCCAGUUAUUUGAAAGGUUA